AUGCCUGUCGAACAAGCCUUCACACUGCUAGUUCAGGUGAACAAUCACUACGGUCUGCGGGAGCUCUUCCUGAACGAUUUUGACGGUUUGCACAUGCGACUCCAUCAACUCAAACGGAUAAUUCAGGAUCAACUUCCCGAUGUCGCCAAGCAUUUUGAAGAACUCGGACUGGAGACGCACAUGUACGCCAGUCAGUGGUUUCUUACUCUAUUCACGGCCAAGUUCCCAUUGCCCGUGGUUUUCCACAUUGUCGAUUUGUUCCUAUCUGAGGGCAUGAUUUUUAUCCUCAAAGUGGCUUUCACCGUCUUGCGUAUUGCCCGUCGGGAUCUGCUUGGUUUGGAUUUCGAAGGUGUUCUCAAAUAUCUUCGCGUCAGUUUGCCCAAACGGUUUAUUACUCCGGAAGCCGGUGAAGAGCUUCUCAAUCAGGCUGUCAAUGCCAAGGUGACUCCAUCCAAACUGAUCAAAUAUGCUAAAGAAUGGCUCGCAAUUCGAGCUCAAGAAAAACUGUCCGAAUCACCGGUUCAGGCUUUGGAACGUCAAGUGGCAGCGUUACGGGACCAGGUGAACCGUUUGGAGCGUGAGAACGAAGCACUGGCCUCCGGUCUGAUUAGCAGCAAAACUUCCAUGCAUCGAGAAGUUGACAAGCUGGAGGAUAAGGCAGAGAUUUUGACUCGUGAAUUGUUCGUUUCCCGUCAAGAUCUCCACGAUACACUGGAAGAGAAACGACAUCUGGAAAAUGAAGUAACACAAGUCAAACAAAUGCUUCGUGAUACACUGAAUCAAGUUGCUGAAGAUAGAUUGCACCAGCAAACUCUGAUUGCCGCCUAUCGCGCCGUUGCAUCGGAUUUGAGCAGACCACGUUCCUGUGAACGAUGCAGUGCCGGCCCAGAAAGUGUCAAUGGAUCUGCCGAGGUCAAGCACGCUACAACCUCGCAAUCUCCUGAAUCGGUCGUCUUGCAUUUGCGUCUUCUCUGGUCCCUGAUCGAACAGGUUCAUCAGUGCGAUCGAUGUGGCCCGGUUCUUGCUGUCACAGUUCAGGAAUGGGAAAAAAACGUUUCUGAGAGUUCGGACUCAGUGCGACCGGAAUCUGUUGUGGAGAACUUGGUCACGGAGUAUUUGAAGGAUAAUUCCACCCAGUCCUGGUCCAGCGAUGAUGGAAUGACCGUGGCCUCACCUGAAACUGUACCACACAAACUGCAGACAACCCAGUUCCAGUCUAACGAAUCAAACACUGUUACCACGAAAUCCAAACAGUGGCUUACGAACACCCUGAACAGUUUACGUUCCAUAGGGUCCACAGAUCCAACUACCUCAACAUCUACCGGGAACAACAGUUCGAUUGAGACUACACCCAGCCUAUCUAUACCACCAGUGUAUGCGCGAGAUACGAGUCAGACCAAAUUGAGUACGACGAAUGGGUGCUAA